AUGCAGAAGAACGGGGGGGGGGCACCGACGAAGGGUAAGGGGUUUGGCAACGGAGGAAGGGAGUGGUGGCAGCGAAAAGUCGAAGUGAAGAAGGUCGAGAGAGCGAGGGAGAGCGUCAGCCGUAAUUAUUCCGACGGGGCCGACGAUGCAGUUGGCGGAGUGCGAGUGGGACUCUCGGACGAGUUCUCUGGGUGGGCGGUGGGCGGUGGGCUCGUACGCGGGACGCCGGGCAGUGGCACGGAUUGGCGCCGAGGCGUAUCGUACCAUCGUACCAUCGUACCAGUCGUAUCCGCUGUAUUGGAACACGGGAAUACUGGAACUCCAGACGGUCCUGGCGCGGCAGCUCAUCGUGAGUUCAUCGGGGAGCUGACGGUCAGAUUGGUAUUGCCGGGGUUCCCAGCGUUCCGGGACCCCUUCGAGGCCAAGUCCAUGGCGUCACAGGGGAACACUUUCCAGUCUGGGGGCGAAUUCUCAGUCGUUUCAGCCCAGCCGGUCAUCAUAAUCGGAUCAUGCCAUCAUGAUGCAAUGAUUCAUGAUGAAGGGAUGCCAUAUCCACGAGGUCUGCCCGAAGGCGCUACGCUACGACCGUUCAGCUUGGGCGACCCGAGUACCUGA